GUUUUUUUUGGUGGGUGCAUGGGUUUUUUGUGUUUAGCUGUAACUGCUUUUUAACCAGUGUCUCUUCUCCUUUCUCUUCUGUCCAUUGCCCCACGACCGAUUUUGGUGCUUCCCCUGUGUGGUUGGCCUGGCUCGCUCAUCUCUGGGGUGGAGGGAAGGAAGGGAUCUGCUUGGUGAAGCUUUUUCUCUGGAUGCAGUGGUGCCUUUGCAUUGAGGUUGUGUUCUCUGGCAACUUCAGUGUUGGGCAAACCACCAACACACCAACAGCUUCCAUGGAGAGAAGCUGGGAGUAGCUGCGGGGCAGAAACCAUGAGGGAAAAUGCUGAAAAUGCUAGAGGAGCUGCUGUUGGGGAUUUUGCUCUUGACCUUCAAGCAUCAUCAUGACAACAGAAAAGAGCCCAGCAGCCAACGCUGACAACUCGGAACAGCAGCAAGCCAAGGAGGAGGAAGGAGCUGCUGAAACAAAGAAGCAAAAGGCUUCCCUGGAGGAAGGGGCUCAGCCAACACCAGAGAGGCAGCCCCAGAGGCAGAAGUCCUCCAACGGAGACACCCCCACACACGAGGAGCAGGGCAAGAAAGAGCGUCGCACCUCUGAGGGCCGCGGUUUCUCCCGCCUCUUUUCCUCCUUCCUCAGGAGGCCCAAGUCUCAGGUAUCUGAAGAGGACAAAGACACUGAUGCUCCUAAAGAGGCGGGAGGUGACCAGAAAGAUGCAGGAUUAGGAGUCGGCCCUGAUGAAGAUAUCCUGGUGAAAGCCCCUAUUGCAGCUCCUGAGCCCGAGCUUAAAACUGACCCAUCGCUGGAUCUCCAUUCCUUGAGCAGUGCAGAAACACAGCCUGCUCAAGAGGAGAGGAGGGACGACCAGGAGCCGGAGAGAAGAGACUUCGAGGACAGGGAAGAAGGGGAAGCAAAGGAAGAGGGUGCCAAGCCAGAACUGAAGCCAGAGUCUCUGGAGACGAGAGCGGACAAGGAUUUGAAAGCUGCCCAAAAAGUAGUGAAAAGACACAGAAGCAUGUACUGCAAAGUUGUCUUGCUGGAUGACACCAUUUUUGAGUGUUCUAUGGAUAAACACGCCAAGGGACAGGAUCUACUUAAAAAAGUCUGUGACCACCUCAAUCUGCUGGAAGAAGACUACUUUGGUUUGGCCACAUGGGACACACCAACCUCCAGGACAUGGCUGGAUCCUGCCAAAGAAGUAAAAAAGCAGGUUCAUGGAGGCCCCUGGGAUUUUACCUUCAAUGUCAAGUUUUAUCCGCCAGAUCCUGCCCAGCUAACAGAGGACAUCACCAGAUAUUACCUGUGUCUGCAGCUUAGACAGGACAUCCUUACAGGGCGGCUUCCCUGCUCCUUUGCCACCUUGGCUCUGCUGGGUUCCUACACGGUCCAGUCAGAGUUGGGAGACUAUGAUCCUGAUCUCCAUGGCCCAGAUUACAUCAGUGAAUUCAAACUGGCCCCAAACCAGACAAAAGAGCUUGAAGAAAAGGUUGUGGAGCUUCAUAAAACAUAUAGAUCCAUGACUCCAGCCCAAGCAGACCUGGAAUUUCUGGAGAAUGCAAAAAAACUAUCUAUGUAUGGAGUCGACCUUCACCAAGCCAAGGACUUGGAAGGAGUGGAUAUCACUCUGGGAGUCUGUUCCAGUGGACUUCUUGUUUACAAAGAUAAACUGAGAAUCAAUCGCUUCCCAUGGCCCAAAGUCCUGAAGAUUUCCUACAAACGCAGCAGCUUCUUCAUAAAGAUUCGGCCGGGGGAGCAAGAACAGUAUGAAAGUACAAUUGGGUUCAAGCUACCAAGUUACCGGGCAGCAAAGAAGCUCUGGAAAGUAUGUGUUGAACAUCACACCUUCUUCAGGCUGACUUCCACUGAGGCCAUCCCGAAGAGCAGGUUCCUGGCGCUGGGCUCCAAAUUCCGCUACAGUGGCCGGACACAGGCGCAGACGCGGCAGGCGAGCGCCCUGAUCGACCGGCCCGCGCCCCAGUUCGAGCGCACAGCCAGCAAGAGAGUGUCCAGGAGCCUCGAUGGAGCAGUGGCUGUGAUAACACCAGAGCGGAGUCCCAGGCCCACUUCAGCCCCAGCUAUUGCUCAGAACCACCCUGCAGAGCCAGCCCCAGCUAAGUCAAAUGUGAAGGACAUGGCCACAUCUAAAGUAGGGAAGGAAACAGCAAAAUCUGAUGGGAGACGUGAAGAAUAUCCACUGGAGAAACCCGAGGAGCCAGUGGAUGCCUCAAAGGUGAGGAAAACACACAUUGAGGUCACAGUCCCCACCAUGAAUGGUGCCCAGCCCCAGCAGCCUGCAGAAAAAGAGGAAGAGCUGAUAAGAAUGAGGAAGAAGAGAUCAAAGAGGCUAGAUGGUGAAAACAUUUAUAUCAGGCAUAGCAAUUUAAUGUUGGAGGAUCUAGAUAAGACCCAGGAAGAAAUAAAGAAGCAUCAUGCCAACAUCAGUGAGUUGAAGAAAAACUUCAUGGAAUCCGUCCCAGAGCCUCGGCCGAGUGAGUGGGACAAACGUUUGUCCACCCACUCCCCUUUCCGAAGCCUCAACGUCAACGGGCAGAUUCCCACAGGAGCGGAUGGAAAAAUGAGUGACUUUCUCUCCCAAGAGGAUGUGGCUGCAGUGGCAGAGUGGAGCAGUUUUAACACUGGCUUUGCAUGGGAGGGCUCAAGGCAGUCGGUAGUUUUUAGUGAGACUCCAGUGCCACCCGCCUCACAGCCUUCUGCCAGCUGGCACUUUGGUGCUUCCUCCCUAAGCAGCGAGGAGGAGGAGGAGGAGGAGAAAGAGGAGGAGGAGGAGGAGGAGGCGGUUCCCAGCCGAUCCGCCAGCGAGGAGGACCUGACAUGUGGAAAGGGGGUUUGUGUGGAUGUGGAGAAGGACUCGGAGCUCUCUGAGCUGGAGCCCCCACCCAGCCUUGCCACACUUCCCUGGCAGCUCUGGGGAGGAGAGGAGGAGGAGGUGGCAGAGGAUGGUGAAGACAGCUUUGCCUUUAGAAAGCCACAUGGCGAAUGUCCCAACCCAGAUGCUCCUAACGGCUUGCUGGAGCUCAUUCUCUGCUUCCAGCCCCCGCUAGUGAAGACACAGACUGUCACCAUCUCUGAUGUGUCCAGCGCUGUCAAAAGUGAAAUUCCCACAAAGGAAGUCCCUAUUGUCCACACAGAGACAAAGACCAUCACCUAUGAAGCUGCACAGACAGAUGGUGGCAAUGGGGAUUUAGACCCUGGCAUCCUGCUGACUGCCCAGACCAUCACUUCAGAAACCACCAGCAGCACCACCACCACCCAGAUCACCAAGACUGUGAAAGGUGGUAUUUCAGAGACACGGAUUGAGAAGAGGAUUGUCAUCACAGGAGAUGCAGAUGUAGACCAUGACCAGGUCCUGGCACAGGCGAUCAAGGCUGCCAAGGAGCAGCACCCAGACAUGUCGGUGACCAAAGUGGUUGUGCACCAGGAGACAGAGAUUGCAGAGGAGUAGUUGGGCUGUGUGAGUAGAGACCACCUCAGGAAAUGUUCCUGCCUGCUACAACACCAGGAAAACGAAACCCAGCAAAACUACCAAGAAACUACCUGGAGCACAAAGACCUCAGAUUUCAGACUUGACACUCAGAGACAUUCAUAUCAUUUAUUAAGAGUUGUGCUUUGACAUUUUACUUGGGAUUUUUCCAGAGUCCACUAGAUCCUAUUGGAUAUAGGGUUUUGUUUUGUUUUGGUUUGGUUUGGAUUUUUUUUAUCUAUUGCAACAGAGAUAUGCCAUAUUUCUAACUUAUAAAAUAUUUCUAAUAUUUUUUUACAGGUUUUCAGUUUUGCAUUCCCUAUCACACAAAGCCUCUUCAGACACAGAAUCCCAUCUCACAGGGCUCCAGGGCUCCCUGUUUUAACUUGUAUUCCCUCUGCCUCGUCAGGGAUAAUGGAGCUGUUCCAUGCAUAUUCCCAGUGCGGGAUCCUGUAUGCGCCUUCACAAAGCCGUGGGUCCUUCUUCCAGGAGAGUCAGUUUAAAGAGUCAGACUUCAUGCAGCGUUUCCCAUUGCCUCUAGCUUAUUUCUGUAGCUCUGGAGAGCUCCAGCCCUGCUGCAACCCCUGGGCUGCUCUGAGCUCCCUCCCCACUGGGUUCCAGCCCUGACGUGUGAUCACAGUAUGGUUUUGUGGUGUAGCCUAUGCACUCAUCUGAAUAGUUGACUAGAUUUAAGGAAUACUGGAAGUUGCUUCAAGUAUCUUAUACUGUGAAUUUUAGAGCUUUAAGAGGACUGUGAUAGCAUCUUGCCUUCUUCCCGUGUGUCUCUGCUGAGUGCUCCCCGCCCAUUUGUGUUUCCUAGGUGCCAUUAAAUUAAAAAGCCCUUAGAAGUGUGUGUUUAAGGUGUUUGGACUCGGGAUGCUAUUAAGGUAGGCUUAUGCAGCAUUCACAGGAACCAAGCUUUUCAAUGUCAUAGUUUUUCACUUGUUUGUGUUCAUGAUUUUUAAAUUAGGGAGGGGUUUUUGUUUUCUUUUGUAAGUCAUGGGUUGGGGUUUUUUCCUUCCCUCACAGUGCUAUUUAAAGCUGAACACGUUACCCAUUUCCCAGAGCGUGUAUCCUAUUAUCAUUUAAUUUAAACUCCUUUAGACAAUUCUUCCUAGGCCUGCAAGCUGUAUUUGGAGAGGCUGAACAAGGAAUUUUAGGAGGUGUCAGGUGUUGCUCGUGGUAGAGCCAAACCACAUGGGAAGUAUUGAUGUUCUCUCUUCCACACUGGCCUACGGGUCAGGAUUUGGCUUCAUGACCCUCUUGCUGGAAUGAAAUAUCAGGGUGAUUGUCUGAAUCUUGAGGCUGAGCUUACAGACCCCUAGGGCCAUCUCCAGCACAGAGGGGGUGAUGCAAAAACAUGACUUCAGGGGUGGAUGUGCUCCCACUACUGCUCUCUAAGCUUCAUGGGAAUGUUCUUGCCUUCUUGUUUGUCCUUCUACCAUUUAAAUUCAAGAAGCAAAAAACCAACCAAGCUCUGUAAAGAGUCUGCCCAGACACUUGUGAACACUUUAGUCCACUUGAGGUUGUGAUUUUGUUUUUCAUGUACAAAUACACACACAUAUAUAUAGUGUGGCACAGUGGUAGCUGAGGGCAGGGAGUGCUCUGCUCCUCAGGUGAGGAUGGGAAAAUAUGGCAAUAAAGAUAAAAGCUCUCCAGUUUUAAAUUUAAAUCAUGUAUUUCAGAAGUCACUGGAUUUAGCUCAGGCUGCAAUGAGUUCACUGUUUAGCUGCAAUCAGCCCUGGAACUAUACUGGGGCUCGUGCAGCUUCUCAGCUUCAGGUGCAAUUUUAAUUAAGCUGCCAGUAUUGAUUGGAGACUCUGCUGGAGGUGCUGGAUUUUGGUUUUAUUUGAGCCUUGCUGGCCCUGGGUCCUGCUCAGCUUCCAGCCUUCCCAUGCUGGCAGCUGCCUCUGGGCUGCUCUGGUGCCUGGGAUACUCUGCCUCCCUCAGGGCAUCACGCUCUGGGGAUUUAGGGACUCCUGGGCUGUAGUGCAGAGAUUAAGUCUAUCCAUGUCUGAAAAGCCCUUUCCUUCCUUAUUCUGCUACGCAGGCCUUGGAAGAGGUCUGAGUCUCUGCUGUUCUCAGCUUAGUUGGGUAAUGCUUGCCUUAAACACCCAUCAUGCUGAGCACCCUCUGUCACUGUCCUUUUUCUGGGAACUGAGUUCUUUGCCACUUCCUUCUCACUUGCAACAGACACCUGAAGAGUGAAGUGGCCCGUGGAGCAGUGGCUGAGAGGAUUUCUGGGCUUUACCAGGCAGAGCCAGCAUGAUGAGUUUGUCCAUAGCACUCAAAGGCUGUCAGGAGAAUUUAGUGGACUGUGGUCCGUGGGUGUUCCCUUGGGGUGUCCUGUGCCCUGAGCACAAUGAGUGGGACAAAACACUCCAGGGGAUUUCUGGGGUGAGAAACCUGCUGGCAGGAGAGGUGGUUCCUUUCCAAAAGGAUGUGGUCACUGUUGCUGCAGAUAUCCCUUGUUAAAGGGCCUGUAGACUAGAAAAACCCUAUUUUUAUUUUUUCCUUGGAUUUUGGGUGGCUAUUUCCAGGUUGUCCAUUUUUACACUUCCCCCGCUGAGUUGUCGUUUCUCCUGGAGUAAUUCAAACAAGUCAUGGCCUCAUGUGCCCUUUACCAUUGCCUGCUGUCUGACCUCAGGGGUUUCCAGCCUCACUCCUGCCAACACGGUGCCCGAGCCCAGGAGCAGGAUGGGAGCCUGGGAAGAAGAUAAAAGUUAAAAGCAGAAGAAGCUUCUCUCACCCUCAGCCAAGGCCGUGGUGGAGCUGCCCACUCCCACUUCUGGUGGGAUUUAAAAUCCUUGGCUCUUGAGUGUGCUGUGUCAGCUCUAGGAACAAACCAGCUAAGUAAGGUCUAUUUAUAUGAAUCUUCCCAGCUCUUCCCACUCCACAAAUUCACCCAGAGACUGUCUUGAUUGUAUAAUAUGCAUUAUAUGGAAGCUAUUUAUAUAUGAAUGAAUGUUUUUAUAGAAAGGAAGGCAAGGAGCUCUUGUUCUUCUCCAUUAAACUGGAAUGGCAGCUCUGGUUGCCCAGUAGCAAUCCCUGACCAACAGAGAUGUGUUAGCAAAGGACUGACUGAUUUCUGGUUUUAAUACACUGUGGUUUGCUGAUUUUCCUAAUUGUAACAUUACCUUAAGAGGUGGUAGCGUCCCAGCCUUAGAGAUAAAACUUGUAACAAACAAACAAAAAAAAAAUUAUUUAGUUGAGAAGAUGAAGGAGCUUUGUAAAAAUUUUUUAAGGCAAUUGUGAAUCGUCUAGGUUAGGCAUUUACACUCUUUAUAAAAAUAGGAACUUUUAAAAGUUGGCAAAACUUUCUAGAUCAACUAGUGAUGGGAGCUGUUAUUUUGGAUUUUCAUAGUGAAUCAGAGGGAAAGUUGCCAUAGUGUUUAGGCAGACCUAAAUGUUCAGUAUUGCUUCUUGUAUUGCAUUUUUCAAUAAAUCUUCAAACAAAA